CCGAUUAUAAAAUAUCAAGCAGAACGAAACAAUACCCGUUGCAAAAGCGCUUAUGUAACACAGAAUUCGUGUAUAUAAGCAAUGCAAUAAUAUCUUGGGUACUUCAGGUGAAGCCACUUCUUCGAAAUGAAACACAUUUUGUUAUGCUCUGCAAGUUUACUGCUACUUUUUACAGUGGCAAACUGUAUAGAUGUGAAGCCAGCCAACUCAUCUAUCAGUGGUUUGCCAAAAAGCGAUUCUACGAACAGUAAAUCUGAGCCAAAAAUUUCUCCCAGGAAGAACGCUAAAGGCGAUUCAGUUCAGGACAAUUCGAAGAAGAACUCUAUCAAGAGCGAUGUUGAGGAAGAGGAUGAUUUGGCGCUGAGUGAGCAAAAUAAUGUAAAACUAAAUAAGGCGCUCAGGACCCUGCGGCACAGGUUACGUAUAGAAAGGACCACUUCUUUCAUGUUCCGGAACAUUUCCGUAGCAUUGAUGAGAGAAGUAGAGGUCAAAAAACAGGAAAUUCUCAACGCCCGAAAGUCAAAUCUCAAUUUGGAGGUUGAGCUAAAUGAUGCGAACCGCAAGAUUUUGGAAUUGAAUUUGCAGCUGGAAGAUGUUCGAAAGUCAGUGAAGCCGUGUCCGAAAAAGAAUCCUAACAAGGAAGCAAAUCAGUUGCUGGAAGCCAAGAUCCAUAAAUCUUAUCGUGAGCGAUAUCAGGCCCUUGUGAGAGGACUUAUUCAAAGGCUCAAUGAAGAAAUCCCGAAAGAGAUCCUGGUACCCUAUGUUUAUAGGCCAUAAUCAUAUGGUUUUUAAUUGUAUAAAAACAGAAACAGGAACAUUCCGAUGGUACUGAGUCAUGUCAAAACCUAAUUUGAUUGUUAACCGUAAUAAAUGCGAUUUAAGCCGCUUAGGCCAA